AACUUCAGCUCCAGGGAGACUCGGACCGUUAUGCUAACCGCGCCCCCCGAAACUGACACCCCUGAAUGAACCUCAGCACCCGCAUCUGCCGCCGCACUCGGCUCGGAACGCGCCCCGGGGACCGGGCGCCUGCAACCACAGUGACUGCGUGGGCCCGGAGAACCCUACCAGGGGCGGGGAGGAGCGGGGGGCGGGCAACGUGGCCACAGGAGGAAGUUUCCUGAAGUUGUCCGCUUAUUCCGGAGCUCGGCCAGCGACCCGGCCGGAUCCCGGAGGCCGCCUUGGCUGGGAGAAGAAGUCGGAGUUGGGGUGCUAAGGGAGGCAGGCGCCCGAAUCCGAGAGGGUGGCUUUGCCUCUUUCUGUUUGCUCGCCCCUCUCCUUCCGGGCGCGCGGCCGGCAUCGGACUCGGACAGCAGAGGAGGAGGGAUUGGGGUCGCCAGCGCGGGCCCUCCCGGGCACAGUACGCCUGGGACCCAGAGCCGCGUAGACAGCCUCCCGGGACCAAGCCGCGGGGCGCCGGACCCCACGAGGAUUAUAAAGCAGGACGGAGGGGAAGGAGACCCCGGGGGACCCCCUCCGGGCUGGUCACCAUGUGGCGGUUGCUGAUCUGGACUCUGGUGGCUCUGUAUCGGAUCCGCGAGGCUGGAGCCCAAGAUGACGUGCCGCCGUACUUCAAGACGGAGCCGGUGCGGACGCAGGUGCACCUGGAGGGGAACCGCCUGGUGCUCACGUGCAUGGCCGAGGGCAGCUGGCCCCUGGAGUUCAAGUGGCUCCACAACAGCAGGGAGCUGACCAGGUUCUCCCUGGAGUACAGGUACAUGAUCACCAGCCUGGACCGCACCCACGCUGGCUUCUACCGCUGCAUCGUGCGGAACCGGAUGGGGGCCCUGCUGCAGCGGCAAACGGAGGUCCAGGUGGCCUACAUGGGCAGCUUUGAGGAGGGUGAGAAGCACCAGAGUGUCUCCCACGGUGAAGCCGCAGUCAUCCGCGCCCCACGCAUCGCCAGCUUCCCCCGGCCGCAGGUGACCUGGUUCCGCGAUGGCCGCAAGAUCCCGCCCAGCAGCCGCAUAGCCAUCACGCUGGAGAACACCCUUGUCAUCCUGUCAACGGUGGCUCCCGACGCGGGCCGCUACUACGUGCAGGCUGUUAAUGACAAGAACGGCGAUAACAAGACCAGCCAGCCCAUCACUCUCGCCGUGGAGAAUGUCGGAGGGCCCGCCGACCCCAUCGCACCAACCAUCAUCGUCCCUCCCAAGAACACCAGUGUGGUGGCCGGGACCUCGGAGGUGACCAUGGAGUGUGUGGCCAAUGCCAGGCCCCUGAUCAAGCUGCACAUCAUUUGGAAGAAGGACGGGGUGCUGGUCUCGGGUGGCAUCAGCGACUACAACCGGCGGCUCACCAUCCCCAACCCCACGGUCAGCGACGCCGGCUACUACCAGUGCGAGGCCGUGCUGCGCAGCAGCAGCGUGCCCCCUGCGGCCCGGGGGGCCUACCUCACCGUGCUGGAACCUCCUCAGUUUGUCAAGGAGCCAGAGAGACACAUCACAGCGGAGAUGGAGAAGGUGGUGGACAUCCCGUGUCGCGCCAAAGGUGUGCCGCCGCCGUCCGUCACCUGGUACAAGGACGCUGCAGUGGUAGAGGUGGAGAAGCUGCCCCGCUUCAGGCAACAUGGUGACGGGGGCCUGCAGAUCAGCGGCCUGGUGCCUGACGACACCGGCAUGUUCCAGUGCUUCGCCCGCAACGCGGCUGGCGAGGUGCAGACCUCCACCUACCUGGCCGUCACCAGCAUCGCCCCCAACAUCACCAGGGGCCCCCUGGACAGCACCGUGAUCGACGGCAUGUCCGUGGUGCUGGCGUGUGAGACCUCGGGGGCCCCGCGGCCCGCUAUCACUUGGCAGAAAGGGGAGCGCAUCUUGGCCAGCGGCUCUGUCCAGCUGCCCCGCUUCACACUGCUGGAGUCCGGCAGCCUGCUCAUCAGCCCCACGCACAUCUCCGACGCGGGGACCUACACCUGUUUGGCGACCAACUCUCGGGGUGUCGAUGAGGCCUCCGCAGACCUGGUGGUGUGGGCCCGGACCCGCAUCACCAAGCCUCCCCAGGACCAGAGCGUCAUCAAGGGAACCCAGGCCUCCAUGAUGUGCGGAGCCACGCACGACCCCCGAGUGACCAUCAGGUACGUGUGGGAGAAGGACGGGGCCACCCUGGCCACGGAGAGCAACCCCCGCAUCCGCCUGGACAAGAACGGCUCCCUGCACAUCUCGCAGACCUGGUCAGGGGACAUUGGCACGUACACCUGCCAGGUGCUCUCAGCCGGUGGCAAUGACUCCCGCAGUGCCCACCUCCGUGUCAGGCAACUGCCCCACGCCCCCGAGCACCCCGUGGCCACGCUCAGCACCGUGGAGAGGAGGGCCAUCAACCUGACGUGGGCCAAGCCCUUCGACGGCAACAGCCCGCUCCUCCGCUACGUCCUGGAGAUGUCCGAGAACAAUGCCCCCUGGACCAUACUCCUGGCCAGCGUGGAUCCGGAAGCCACCUCCGUGAUGGUCAAGGGCCUGGUCCCCGCGCGCUCCUACCAGUUCCGACUGUGUGCCGUGAACGACGUGGGCAAAGGACAGUUCAGCAAGGACACAGAGAGGGUCUCCCUCCCUGAGGAACCCCCGACGGCUCCUCCGCAGAACGUCAUCGCCAGCGGCCGCACAAACCAGUCCAUCAUGAUCCAGUGGCAGCCACCUCCUGAAAGCCACCAGAACGGCCUCCUCAAGGGCUACAUCAUCAGGUACUGCCUGGCCGGGCUGCCCGUCGGGUACCAGUUCAAGAACAUCACGGAUGCCGACGUCAACAACCUGCUGCUGGAGGACCUCAUCAUCUGGACCAACUACGAGAUCGAGGUGGCGGCCUACAACAGCGCCGGGCUAGGGGUCUACAGUAGCAAAGUCACCGAGUGGACGCUGCAGGGAGUCCCCACAGUCCCCCCUGGCAACGUGCACGCCGAGGCCACCAAUUCCACGACCAUCCGCUUCACCUGGAACGCCCCCAGCCCCCAGUUCAUCAAUGGCAUCAACCAGGGCUACAAGCUGAUCGCCUGGGAGCCCGAGCAGGAAGAGGAGGUCACCAUGGUGACGGCGCGGCCCAACUUUCAAGACAGCAUCCACGUGGGCUUCGUGUCGGGGCUCAAGAAGUUCACGGAGUACUUCACCUCCGUGCUGUGCUUCACCACCCCGGGGGACGGGCCCCGCAGCAGCCCCCAGCUCGUGCGCACCCACGAGGACGUGCCGGGGCCCGUGGGACACCUGAGCUUCAGUGACAUCCUGGACACCUCGCUGAAGGUCAGCUGGCAAGAGCCGGGGGAGAAGAACGGCGUCCUCACAGGGUACCGCAUCUCCUGGGAGGAGUACAACCGGACCAACACCCGCGUGACCCACUACCUGCCCAACGUGACCCUGGAGUACCGCGUCACGGGCCUCACCGCGCUCACCACCUACACCAUCGAGGUGGCUGCCAUGACCUCCAAGGGCCAGGGCCAGGUGUCCGCCUCCACCAUCUCCUCCGGGGUGCCUCCAGAACUCCCAGGAGCCCCCACCAACCUGGGCAUUUCCAACAUCGGGCCCCGCUCCGUGACCCUGCAGUUCCGGCCGGGCUACGACGGGAAGACCUCCAUCUCCCGCUGGCUGGUGGAAGCUCAGGUGGGUGUGGUCGGGGAGGGCGAGGAGUGGCUCCUGGUCCACCAGCUCAGCAACGAGCCGGACGCCCGCUCCAUGGAGGUGCCCGACCUCAACCCCUUCACCUACUACAGCUUCCGCAUGCGCCAGGUGAACAUCGUGGGCACCAGCCCUCCCAGCCAGCCUUCCAGAAAGAUCCAGACCCUCCAGGCGCCCCCAGACAUGGCCCCGGCCAACGUGACCCUGCGCACAGCCAGCGAGACCAGCCUGUGGCUCCGCUGGAUGCCUCUCCCAGAGAUGGAAUACAACGGGAACCCCGAGUCCGUGGGCUACAAGAUCAAGUACAGCCGGUCGGACGGCCACGGCAAGACGCUGAGCCACGUGGUGCCGGACCGCGUGGAGCGGGAGUACACCAUCGAGGACCUGGAGGAGUGGACCGAGUACCGCGUCCAGGUCCAGGCCUUCAACGCCAUCGGGAGCGGGCCCUGGAGCCAGACGGUGGUGGGCAGGACCCGGGAGUCAGUCCCGUCCUCUGGCCCCACCAACGUGUCCGCACUGGCCACCACCUCCAGCAGCAUGCUGGUUCGCUGGAACGAGGUCCCCGAGGCAGACCGCAAUGGGCUGGUGCUGGGCUACAAGGUGAUGUACAAGGAGAAGGACUCGGACUCCCAGCCCCGGUCCUGGCUGGUGGAGGGCAACGCGUCCCGCAGCGCCCAGCUCACGGGCCUGGGCAAGUACGUGCUGUACGAGGUGCAGGUGCUGGCCUUCACGCGCAUCGGGGACGGCAGCCCCAGCCACCCCCCCAUCCUGGAGCGGACGCUGGACGAUGUCCCAGGACCACCCAUGGGCAUCCUGUUCCCGGAGGUGAGGACCACGUCAGUGCGGCUGAUCUGGCAGCCCCCCGCCGCCCCCAACGGCAUCAUCCUGGCCUACCAGAUCACACACCGGCUCAACACCACCACCGCCAACACCGCCACCGUGGACGUGCUGGCCCCCAGCGCCCGCCAGUACACAGCCACCGGCCUCAAGCCGGAGUCCGUCUACCUGUUUCGCCUCACCGCCCAGACCCGCAAAGGCUGGGGAGAGGCCGCCGAGGCCUUGGUGGUGACCACCGAGAAGAGAGACCGCCCGCAGCCCCCCAGCAAGCCCACCGUGCAGCAGGAGGACGUGAAGGCGCGCAGCGUGCUGCUGUCCUGGGAGCCGGGCAGCGACGGGCUGUCCCCUGUGCGCUACUACACCAUCCAGACCCGCGAGCUGCCCGGCGGCAGGUGGGCGCUGCACUCGGCCUCCGUGAGCCACAACGCCUCCAGCUUCACCGUGGACAGGCUCAAGCCCUUCACAUCCUACAAGUUCCGAGUGAAGGCCACCAAUGACAUUGGGGACAGCGAAUUCAGCGAGGAGUCGGAAUCACUGACCACCCUGCAGGCCGCCCCUGAGGAAGCGCCCACCAUCCUCUCGGUGACACCCCACACCACCACCUCCGUGCUCAUCCGAUGGCAGCCCCCGGCGGAGGACAAGGUCAAUGGCAUCCUCCUGGGCUUCCGCAUCCGGUACCGGGAGCUGCUCUACGAGGGGCUGAGAGGCUUCACUCUCAGAGGCAUCAACAACCCUGGGGCCAAGUGGGCGGAGCUCACCUCCUUGUACUCCGUGCGGAACCUGAGCCGGCCCAGCCUCACGCAGUGCGAGCUGGACAACCUGAACAAGCACAGGCGCUACGAGAUUCGGAUGAGCGUGUACAACGCCGUGGGCGAGGGGCCCCUGAGCCCCCCGCAAGAGGUGUUCGUGGGGGAGGCGGUACCCACAGCAGCGCCCCGAAACGUGGCCGUCCACAGCACCACAGCCACACAACUGGAUGUGACCUGGGAGCCACCCCCGCCGGACAGCCAGAACGGAGACAUCCAGGGCUACAAGAUCUAUUUCUGGGAAGCCCAGAGGCAGAACCUGACGGAGCGCAUGAAGACGCUUUUCCUGGCUGAGAAUGGCGUGAAGCUCAAGAACCUGACGGGCUAUACGGCCUACAUGGUCAGCGUGGCGGCCUUCAACGCCGCAGGAGACGGGCCGCGGAGCGCCCCCACCUGGGGCCAAACCCAGCAAGCAGCCCCUAGCGCGCCCGGCUCCGUCAAGUUCAGCGAGCUGACCACGACCUCAGUGAACGUGUCCUGGGAAGCCCCGCACUUCCCCAACGGGGUCCUGGAGGGCUACAGGGUGGUCUACGAGCCCUGCACCCCAGUGGACGGGGUCAGCAAGAUCGUGACCGUGGACGUGAAGGGCAGCAGCCCUCUGUGGCUGAAGGUGAAGGACCUGGCCGAGGGCAUGACUUACAGGUUCCGCAUCAGAGCCAAGACCUUCACCUACGGGCCGGAGAUUGAAGCCAACGUCACCACAGGCCCAGGAGAAGGUGCCCCAGGACCUCCAGGAGUGCCCAUCCUCGUGAGGUACAGCUCUGCCAUCGCCAUCCACUGGUCCAGCGGAGACCCUGGCAAAGGGCCCAUCACCCGCUACGUCAUAGAGGCCAGGCCUUCAGAUGAGGGGCUCUGGGACAUCCUCAUCAAAGACAUCCCCAAGGAGGUGAGCUCCUACACCUUCAGCAUGGACAUCCUGAGGCCGGGCGUGAGCUAUGACUUCCGGGUCAUCGCAGUCAACGACUACGGCUUCGGCACCCCUAGCAGCCCUUCCCAGUCUGUGCCAGCCCAGAAGGCCAACCCCUUCUACGAGGAGUGGUGGUUCCUGGUGGUCAUCGCCCUCGUGGGCCUCAUCUUCAUCCUGCUCCUGGUCUUUGUGCUCAUCAUCCGAGGCCAGAGCAAGAAAUAUGCCAAGAAGACAGACUCGGGGAGCAGUGCCAAAUCCGGAGCCCUGGGCCACGGGGAGAUGAUGAGCUUGGACGAAAGCAGUUUCCCCGCCCUGGAACUCAACAACCGCCGGCUGUCCGUCAAAAACUCCUUCUGCAGAAAGAACGGCCUGUACACCAGGUCCCCUCCCCGGCCCAGCCCCGGCAGCCUCCACUACUCGGAUGAGGACGUCACCAAGUACAACGACCUCAUCCCAGCAGAGAGCAGCAGUCUGACAGAGAAGCCCUCGGAAAUCUCCGACUCUCAGGGAAGUGACAGCGAGUACGAGGUCGACCCUAACCCCCAGAAGGCCCACUCCUUUGUCAACCACUACAUCAGCGACCCCACAUACUACAACUCCUGGAGGCGCCAGCAGAAGGGCAUCUCGCGGGCCCAGGCGUACAGCUACACUGAGAGUGACUCCGGUGAGCCGGACCACGCCACCGUCACCAAUAGCAACAGCGCCCAGCAGGGCAGCCUCUUCCGGCCCAAGGCCAGCCGGACUCCAACGCCCCAAAACCCUCCGAACCCCCCAAGUCAACAGAGCACCCUCUACCGUCCCCCGAGCAGCCUCGCCCCUGGCUCCCGGGCACCUAUAGCGGGAUUCUCAUCAUUUGUUUGACGUCGGAAGAGGAAAAAGAAAGAAAAAUGAUACCAAACUCCUCCUUCACGCUUCCCAAACCACCUGCCAGAAAACGGAACACCCAGAAACCCAGUCAACUCUCCACCUCCCGAGCUUAUUUUUUCCAGGGAUUGCGGGCGGGGCCAGCGAAGCCCGUGCUGAGAAGUAGGGAGAAGGAAAUCACGCGAGGACCUGGCCAGUCCGCUGUGAGCGGGAGACGGUGGGGUUCACUGCUCUGAGGAUCUGCACGGCUGAGGAUGCGGCUGUCUCACUGAUGCAGUGGGCAGAGGGGGUCGUGCCCCUGGAGAGAGGGAGAGAGGGCAAGGGACCCCAGGCUGAACAGCAGGCGAGGCCACAGGAUGGAGAAACCUCUCGACGUGUGGCCAGCUGCCCGCUUCUGCCCCCUACUGAGCUGGUUCCUGGGCCCUCCGCCGCGCUCCUCUGCAGAAAGGACAGGUAUCCCAGGGCCAGAGCCUGCCUCUCCCUCUGCACCUCGCCUGGCCAGGUGUCAUGGCCUGGUCACCCCCCCGCCCUGCCACCCACCUCCACUGCUCCCCUCCCUGCUCAGCCUCUCCAUCACACAUCUGGUUCAUUUAGAAAAAGGAAAAGAAACUAAAGGGUGAGAAUCUGCUUAGCGACUUUCUUGUUCCUACAUAUAUAUAUAUAUUUUAUUUUUUUAUUGUGAAUACAAGGAAGAGGGCCUGUGGGCUGGGGAGAGUUCCCGUAUGAUGAAACCCUGCCUCCCUUUACCUGAAUUCCCUUUCCUGAGCACAGACAAGGCUCCACCUGGGGAGCAGAGGUGUAAGGCGGCUGCCGGGGUCCCCGGGCAAAAGUAAGUGCCACACGUUGCAGAAGUCAGAUAGGUUGAGGGGUCAGGCAGGGUGAGGAUCGCUGCCUGGACAGACGUACCACUCUCCCCUGAGCGGACAUCUUCCUCCCGGCCGCACGUAUGUGCGUGUACCUGAGUGCACACGUGUCCUGUGCACAUGUGCAAGGAAAGGCUCCAGGAUCCCUCCCCAGAGAAUCCCCUGGGCCCUCCUGGCCCCGCAGCAUUGAUCUCUUUCAGAUCUGUGUCCCUCUGUCUCCGCUGUAGCCUGCUAAGCGCAGCACUCAGGGCCCAGAGGCCUGCCCAGGCCCCGAGCCAGAGGCCAGAGCAGCCACCAUAUGCUCAGUCUGCCCAGCACCUGGUUCACAGAGCCCAAGGAUGCCCCAACCCUGAGUGACGUCUUCCUGGCUGGGCUCAGCCUGGCGAGAGCCGGGAGCACGGAGAGACUGGUCAGGAAGCCCAGUCUAAACUGGACACUGCAUCUGAGAUGCACGGUGAGCCCAGCCAGCAGGGCGGGCCAGAUGGGACCCAGGGACAAGAAUAGCUGGCGGGAGGAGAGGCUUUCGCACACAUGAUCUGCUCCAAGGAAUGUUCUUUAAAAAGCCACUUCUGGUGGCCUCAUGGUCCCAUCAGUUUGAGCCUUCUACCGCAACAGUUUAAGGAGGAGCCUUUCCAGCAGAUUCCCUGGGUUAUCUGUGUCCCCUAGGUGACCACAAGCAGCCCUGUGAAGUCUGCCGCAGACUAGCUCGUCACUGUGGGUGGACAGCUGCCUCUCAGAGGAACUGUCCGGGCCUGGGCAUGUCCCAUUCGGCCCGGGGCCCCUUCGUGGAGUGCUCGACCCACAGUGCCUGCCCUGCUGGAGAGGGGGCCAUACCCUGUUUUGGUGGGGGAGGAGAAGAGGAAGGGGAGGCCUGAGGAAGGCGGGGAUUCGGGAAAAGAGUGGAGGAAAGAGAGCCCAGACCCCUCUCCACUGGCCCCAAGUUAGCGGCUGUGCUAAUGGCAACCGGGAAGGGAAGUCAGGGUCAAGAGCUCUGAAGGGAGGAGCCGCCCAGGCUGCAUGGGCUCACUGCCCCCUAAGGAAUGUGAGUGGGGAGAUGUGGGAGGCUGACCCCAUGUGCAGACGGGGCUUCUCUGUGCGGGGGCCUGGGGAAGGGCUGCUCAGCUCCUCUAGGGAGUCAGGUGCUCAAGACCCCAGGCCUUGUCUGGAGGCUGCCCUGGAGUCAGCGGGACCCGUGGCCCCUGCAGCCUCUGCCCCCCAGCAGUGCAUCUUCAGACGCUGCCGCCGCCUCCUCCUCCUCCUCUUCGUCCUCCUCCUCCUCCUCUUCUUCCUCUUCGUCUUCUUCUUUAACAAUUUCGUCCUUUUCCCUUUCUCUGGAGCGUUUAACCAUUUAAAGAAAUUCCCAGUUUGCAUUUGGGAAUUAUUUUAGCCCAACCCAGUGAGGGAGCUCUGGGGAGGAGGCAGGGCUGAGAAAUUUUAUCCUGUGUAUGAUCCGCACAUGAGGCUGAUCGUCCUUUGCCUUUAAUGAAUCACCUGGUGCACUAAAAUCUCCCCUGCUCCCUGCACACUCUGCUGCCACCCACGUGCCCGUGCAGGACGUGCCCACCGUGUACACCCGUGCUUACCCACUCGCACACCACACUGAUGUGCACAGGACACACCCACUUCCGCAAAGGGGCUCUGGCAACUCCCUCCUAUGGCCGAGGCCGUCUCCCCCGUGAGGCGCACGAGGCCUGGGUGACUUGUGCUGGGGAUGUGACUGGGAUCUGUUGCCCAAGAGGGUGAGGACACUGUGAGUCACAGCCACUAGGAGAGUCCAGGAAGUCAGGCUGGGCCCAAGGUGGACAUCCCCCUUCAUCAACGCCCACCCAUCAGGAGUGCUGUCUCCCCUGCCCCAGCCACAUCUGGAAGCCCAGGUGGGUCUCCAGCUGUGGAACUCAGAUUCGUCUUACGGAGACGUCUCUUUGCUCUCGUUUACAUAUCUACUGGGCCGGUGGAGCGUGGAGGCUCCUGGCACCUCCUGCCAGACACCUGGCCACGUUGGAAGGGUGUGGUGGGCACUGCCCAGGGGUAACAGGGAGCCUUCCUGGCUUCGAUUUCCUGAGCCAGUGAUGCCAGGACCCUGCCUGUGCAACUCUGCUGGCCGCAGGUUCACACCUGGACACACCUGGUCCCUUUGGUGUUGUCCCCAGGAGCCCAAGCAUGGCUCGCCAGGCUGACCUCUCCCCCUCCUGGCUGUGCCUCUUGCAUUCGUGUGAGCUGUGCACCCAGACUGCCAAGAAGAACCAAAUAGAAGCCCUGGAUUCCAGAAGCACCUUCCUUCUAGGGCUCCGAGAAGUUUGUAAACCCAGGCUGCCCUCCUCACCCCUGCCCGCUCCCCAAAUCUAACACUGCCGUGAGUCGGAGGUAUGAGGACACAGAGGUGCUGCCUCGUCCAUGCGCGCUUCUAGAGGCCUUCUGUUGCUGCCCGCGCCUCCUGGGCAGAACCCCUAAGGUGCCAGUGCCUAACGAUUGGACACUCUGGGUCUCCCUCGCCGUCCCAGAGAACACAGUGAAAGUACCCACACUGGCGGAGGGGCCAGCGGGCAGGAGGGGAGCAGGGGACCCUCUGAGCAGCCGCCACCAGCUCCCGAGUGCCUCUGUAUGGUCCUGUCCAGGGACACCACCCUGUCCGCCACCCUGAGCACAGGUGCCCCCUUAGGACCACCCCCUCUUCUCUGUUUCCAUAGAAAUAACCAAAAGCAUUUAAAUGUGUUACCUUUCUUCACCCAUGUAGACUCCAAAAACGAAACCCAGACAGAUCUUUAUUUUUUGAUUUAAAAGAUAUAAAAGAAAAAUUAUGGGAGAGAAUUCGUUAUGGCAGGUGUCUAUCUGUAAGAAGAAUAUAUAUGUAUAUGUCACAUAGCUUGUUAGCAGGUUUAUUUUUUAAAUGAAAGGUUAAAAGAAAUUGAUUUGAAAUAUAUACCACGAGAAGUCCCAUGUCCUGUCGAACUGUCAGUAUUUUAUAAAUAAACUUUUGUUUUGGAGUUCUGAA